UUCAGUCUGUUCCAACAACAAUACGACAUUUGUUGUUAGUUCAUUAGCUAGCAAUAUGCGGUAAAGAAAAAAAUACAACAAACUUGAGUUUAUUACUUUAAGUAAAUUAGAAUGGUUUAGCAAAUAAUAGUUUAAUAUUAUCCAGCUAAGUUACAGUAUACCCCCCAGGCCAGCCGGUGUCGUGUUGUCAAUGUACUCUUCUCGAAUUCUUCUAACAACCACUGGAAAAGAUGGCGGAAGUGGAGAAGGAUGGUGAUCCUGCGACUGACAAAGAUGAUUUACAAAUUUUAAAAGAACUAGUGGAUGAGUUGUAUCAUUUUCGGGAUCAUUACUUUGAGACUCACUGUGUGGAGGAUGCAAAGAGGAAAUCGAGUGAUGUGGCACGGGAGAUGGAGAAGACACUAAAGAAGCUGGAGGAGAAAGGAGAGUCGUAUAAGCACAGUGCUGAGUUCCUGCUGCUGCGGGGUCGCUCCCUGGGGGUGUCUCCGGAGUAUAGCACCACCGCUGGGGAGUGCCUGUCCCGGGCCGUGAAGCUGGAGCCUGGACUAGUGGAGGGCUGGAACACACUGGGGGAGCAGUACUGGAAGAAAGGAGACCUGACCACCGCUAAGACCUGCUUCACUGGAGCCCUGCAGCAGAGUAAGAACAAAGUAUCUCUGCGUAGUCUGUCCAUGGUGCUGAGGCAGCUGCCAGGAGGGGGCGGUGAUGAGCAGGGGAAGAGGGUGCUGGAGAGCGUGGCCAUGGCCAGGCAGGCUGUACAGCUGGACGUCACCGACGGCACCUCCUGGUACAUCCUGGGGAACGCCUACAUCUCCCUGUUCUUCACCUGCAGACAGAAUCCACAAAUGUCUCAGCAGGCUCUGAGUGCCUAUGCACAGGCUGAGAAAGUGGACCGAACAGCAACCUCCAACCCCGAUCUGCACUUCAAUAGAGCCACGCUGUUUCAGUAUGAGGAGAUGUUUGGGUCUGCCCUGGACGGGUACAGUCGCGCUGCGGCCCUGGACCCUGCGUGGGAGGAGCCUCCAGAGAGGGAGAGGCAGCUGCUGGAAUACCUGGAGAAACUCACAACACUCACAGAGAACAAGGGGAAGGUGAAGGCCCGGCGCCUGCGAACGAUGGUCUCCAACCUCAGCCCGUUGGCCUUGGGGCCAUGCUCCUCCCCUCAGUUCCGCUCCCCCGCAGGCCGCGUUGGGAGCCUGGAGCCCCGGACCCUGUCUUCCCUGACACACGGCCACAACGCUGGGGUGGCUGCCCUGGGAAAGGUUGUGUUCAGCCUGGCCUCAGAGGGACGCAUGGCCUUUACGUUCGGCAUGGUGGACAGUGAGGAAACAUGCUGCGUGGUCAUGGUCUAUAACACAGCAGACAACUGGGGAGUUCUGAUUGGAGACUCUGUGGUCAUCCCGGAGCCACAGGUCAAACGCCACAGUGUAGCACACAGGGGGGGGGCAGACAGACAGGGAGCUAGGAAGGAGCGUGAAGAGCCUGUGUGCCUGUUUUUGAUUAUUUAUUUUUUUAUCUUAGUUUUGUAAAUAGUAGAUCCUUGUUUGUUAAAUAGUCUUUAGGAAUACACUGUUUGUACAUAUUUAUAAAUAUUUUUGUUUGUAUUUUGUUAAAGUGGGAGGGAGGCUGGGGGAUUUUGUAAAUUACCGACUACUAAUAUGAUCAUUAAUUGUGGUGAAGAUGGUGUCCGACAUGGGUUCAAGACAUUAAAACAAACAUGUCUCCAAUGUGGACAUGAUUUAAACGUUUGCUUUAUCAUUAGCUUAUGUAGUUCAUCAUCUUUCACCAUGAUGUUAGUCAAACCUUCCAUAGUGAAAAAUAACACUGUCAUGCUGUAUUUUAUUGAAAAAUAAGUGCAAACAUUAAGUUGUAAAUCAAAGUAACUUCUGGUAACAAAAAAUGCAACCAUUAAACUACAAUAUCAAACUGUU